CGCCCGCCGCUGAACGUGUGGGUGGUGCGAGUCCGGCAGAGAGGCGAGCCGGUGCACAGCGAGCUGUGUCCUCGCGUUGCGGUGGCUGUGUGACCGCGCCGAGCGACCCCGUGCGCCAGCACCACCGGCCUGCAGCGCUGCAGAUGAGCUGCGCCAGACGUUGCCGGUGCAGCAGCGCUUCAGCCACGAGCGUCGCGCGACGCCGGUGAUUCCCGGGGGACGACCCCCCCCCCCCCCCCGCCCCGCUCCCGUCCCCCGUGCCUUAGUGCGGUGUGCACCCGUGAGAGCGGCGCCGUGCCCGUACGCACGCGGUGACCCGCUAUCCGACAGCAGCGACCGAAGCCAUGGCGACCAAAGUGGAGGAGCAGACCCGGGAGUCCCGCAAGCCGCCGGCCUCGCCGGAGGACGGCGAUGACCUGUCGCCGCUGCCGGCCCCGUCGGCCGGCCCGGUGCGCCGCCGCGGCGCCAUCUCCGCAGAGCCCGUCACCGAGGACGACGCCACCAGCUACGUCAAGAAGGUGGUGCCCAAGGAUUACAAGACCAUGGCAGCUCUCAGCAAAGCCAUAGCCAAAAACGUGCUCUUCUCACAUCUGGACGAGAAUGAGAGGUGAGAGUGCAGGGCUGGUGGACUGAUGCGGUUGGCUGCGUAGCGUUUGUACACUGAUGUCACUGUCGGCAAAUGUCUCUCGUGUCGCGUGCAAUGGUCGUCUCUGUGGUUUUCUACCGAAACCGGUGAGACCGUACACCCGACGGUACUCCGUGUGUUGA